AAACAGACCGCGCGUGUUAGCAAAGAACUGGGUACAAUUAGGUUGUCCGACAUUAGUUCCUCACUCCACCCCUCCUAAUAUACUAUGUUUAUACCUUUGCCUUGUUCGCGUGUUCAACAGGGCUCAUUGUGGAUUUCUCACGAUUAAUUUUAAAAUGUUAACCUUUAAACAAGAAUUUCAGCUAAAAAACAUUAAGUUCGACUACAAACCUGUUAACCAUUUUUUUGAAUCUCCGUGGUUCCCAACACCAGUUCUUAUCGUCUAUCGAUCAGCGUUCUUCCUCUACAGCAUCUCAUGGAUCAUAUACAGGGUUAUUUUUCACGAGAGGUUCCGUCGACUUGUCGUUCUCUUUUACCUAACGAACUGGUCCUACUUUGUUCUCAUCAUCUACUUCCUUGUGUCAGCGGUCGUYACAAUUCAYCAUUACAUUAAAAAAAGAGAAACGAAGGCACAAGCGGCGGCGGAUUCUGAAAAAGGUCACGUUGAUGAUUCUGAAGCUGAGAUGAAGUGGUUUUAYAAGUUUCAAUGGUUCUUGUACAGCAUUUCUUCUUCCAUGGCGAUAGGAGUCACUUUAUUCUUCUGGUUGUUUGAUUACRAUGGCAUGGGUAUAACUCUUUCAGAUGUCAAUGUCCACCUCCUGAAUGCCGUGUUCAUGCUAAUUGACCACUCCMUAAGCUCCAUGCCCGUGCGUCUAUUCCAUAUGGUAUACCCCAUGGCGUUCACAUUUAUGUAUAUGAUAGCUACAAUGCUUUACUGGCUGUUUAUCAGCAAGGAUUACAUAUACAAGAAAAUGGACUAUAGCAACAACCCUGUUCUAGCUAUUACGCUAUUGYUGUCCGCCAAAUUGAUUGCCGCUCCAAUUAUUCACUCAUUCUACUAUGUAACGUACAGGCUGCGGGAGUAUGUGGCUUCGAAGACAACGAAAGUUGAUGACCUCGAAGARGGAAAAUCASAGGAAAAAUGAAUGGUUGAAACGGAGUGAAAUAAAUAAAAAAUACU